AUGGUGUCAAUCCAGAAAGCAGCACCUUCCUUUUCUGAGAUCUUCUGCACUGGCCAUCAAGAAUGUUCCCAGCAAGGAACUAGCUGGACAAGCUUGUGGUAUGUUUGGCUUAUCCUGCUCACAGUGUUCUUGCUCCUGAUGUGCGGGAUUGGGACCAGCUGUGCCAAGUUCUGCUGCCGUACCAAGCGACCGCUCCGCCAAGCUUUUCCGCCCCACGCUCCCGACCUCACUGUCAUCCCCAUGGAGCAUGACAGCACAGCCCACAGCACCAUUACCUCCUACAGCUCUCUCCAGUAUCCUCCCAACGUCUCCGUUUCACUGCCUUUUGGAGACACGGACAGGAACAUGGCGUGUCCCCCAGCCUACAGCCUCUAUGCCAUAGAAAUGCCGCCCUCCUACGAUGAGGCCAUCCGAAUGGCCAAGUCUCAUCUCGAGACUCCGUCGAUGGACCAGAAAUCGGACGGCAAUGCCUGUGAACCAGCAGCCUCGCAGGAGCAGAACGAAACCCAAACGUUGCCUGAGUCAUCUGGAGGCAGCCCCAUGGAGGUGCAAGAGAACCCAGGAGGUCCAUCUAUUUCCUCCCAAGAGCAAUCAUAGUGGUCUCUUUGAGACGGGAACAGGCGAAUAUGGACAGAAGUAAUGGUGGAGAAAGGAAAUAUGAUCACAUGUACUUGGCUACCCUCGCCUUGAUGGGCCUCUACCACGAUCCGUCUCCAGGAUCUCCUCCUGCCAUUUCUGAUAACAUUCCAUUUGACAUUUCAAGAGAAUUGGGCGUGUCUUAAUUAUCCAAGCUGAAAAAUAAAGCUUUUGGAGUAGCACAGCCACCCUUUGGGGGUUAACUGCCUUGAGUGCAUUGGACAUAACAGAAAAUAGCUGGCUUCUGGACUUAAAGGGGGUCGAAAGGUCUGUCUUCUGCACCUUGCAGCUGGGAAAAAAAAAUGAGAGCAAGUACAAAUUAAUCUCUCUUCUGGGAAGACUGGACUUUCUAGCAAAUUGCUGAAAUAUGGGAUUCGUUGCUAUGUAACGGCCAAGCUUGGACCCAGAGCCUGUUUUUAAUUUUUCCUAUUUUCUCUUUCAAUAGACUGGGCAAUGGAGUCAUGGUUACUAAGGUGGAAACCCUUUCAGAAAGGCCAAAUCAUUUGUUGAUCCUAAUUCAAACCGGAAUGUGGUUUCCCAGUUUCUGCUGCCUGAUUCCUUGCCUCCUCCAAGAACAAUUGCUGUG